UCGAAAAAUCAAAACUUUCUUCUUUUUUGGUCUUCUUUGCAAAUAAAAUUUAGUAAAUUAUAGUAGUAUUAACUAUUAAGUACCUUUUUAUUCUAAUAAUUACAGUGUUGCUGUUAUGAGUUUUCAUUGUUUUGAUCACUACAUUUAAUGUUUAAAUUUCCGUUGCUUUAAACUAGAGCGAAGAUGAACAGCAAUCUUGCACGCAUCGCAGCCAAUGUAGAACGUGGUUACGGGGAACAUAUCAGGACUUGGACAAUCCAUCCAGCACCGGAAUUGCGAGCGAAACAUUCCCGAAAAAAGAAGAAAUCUGUGUCACCGAAGGAGCAAGCCAAGGAAGACGUCUGCGCAUUUCGCAGCGACGAGGAAUCUCUGGCUGCAUAUUGCUUGCUGAAUCCCAACCUGUUCUUUACUAAGCAUGUCUUCAGCCAUCUCCCCAUUCUCGAUUUGCGGUCCUGUGCGGUAGUGUGUAGCUCAUUUUUACCUCUGGCACGCGACGAGAUCCAGCGUCGCAACAAUACUGCGUUUAUUGUCGGCCGGAAGAUGCCCGUUUUGGACGCGCGCGUCUUCAUCGGUGCAGCGCUGUUUGACAUGUGGGUCGAGAAGCCGAACGAUCCCUAUUUGCUCAUGAUUAUCAAGAAUCCCGACAUGCACCCGCCAGGCUACAUGGGGGAAGCCAAAGACACACUGUACAGUCUCCUACCCAACUCCAACUCCGACGCGCCUAAGCCAGCCAAUGGCGAAGGCUUCUCCUUUCCCAAACGCUUCUUGGAACAUGUGCCCGUCUUGGGAGUUAACAUUUUUACCUUUAACGGGAAGGAUGAGCCGAUGAAAAGGGACAGGACAUUCGCUAUAUAUUAUGUGCCUGCUAUACGUGGUCUCAUAAUACGAAAGCUUAUUUUAACCGUUUUCGACCACGCCAUUCGCGUUGCCCACUUUGCUUCCCUGCGCCACAGCAUGGACGAUCUGACCGGCGACGACGCGACGACAUGCCAGCCAAGGGGCUUUUUUCUUGUUACAAAUUGUAGCGCCCUGGGUGUGCCCUGUCCAGAAGUUCUGGACACUCCCUUCUGCAGCGUGCGCUGUGUACUGCAGGAGCGUGUGGAUGUUGCCUAUGUGUUUGCUGGGAAGCCCAUCAAAUGCGCCAGCAUAUGGCUGGACCGGGAGAUGCAUAAGGGCAACAUGGACGAUAUCCGGCGCGAAUUUAAGAAAAUCCGCCCGGAUAAGUUGACCAAGGAUGCUGUCGACAUAUUUGCCCUCUUCUUCACCACCGGCCGUUUAACCACGCCAGCUGGACUGCCGCUGACCGAAAAAAGCUGCAUACAGGAGGAAGUGGAGGUUUUUAAGAGUUUCUUUUCUACCGCGAAACUAAUUGGAUGUAGCAUUCCUGCCGGUGGAGCGAUUUUCGGGAAUACGGCGUGCAGUGUGUGGCAGACUGCUGAUGUGGAGGAUCGCAAGGUGAAAUCCAUGCAGUACAGUCGACAUCCUCAUACUCCGAGGAAAUCAAUAUUUUUUAUUGUUGCUGCAUCGAAGUAAACGCCGUCCAGGACGGAUUGCGAUUUACCUUGUACCUCCUGUAUCUACCAUAUUUGAAUACAAAAACUGCGGUGAUCCUUUCUGGUUUCUUUGCUCAUGUUGUCGCACGUUUUGGCUGUGGUCGGCUGGCUAAUUAAGUACUUGUAUCCGGUUUUCUUUUGUGAAAUAGAUGCCCUUAGUACAACUUACGUGUUACUGUUUUACCGUAUAUGCUUGUCAGAUAUUAUGUGAACUGUGAAGAUGUUUUGAAACUUUUCCGUAGCCAAAUUAUUUGACGAAAGUAUGAUGCAGCAGAACGAUUGACAGUUGCCGUAAUUAAAAUCAUCCCAA